CGAGAUCCCUCCCAGAUGGGUGGAGGGGGCGGGGGGGGGUGUCUUCUCCCCACGUCUGUCCCCGCCCCCCCCCCCGGUAACGGUACCGGUAAGCGCGGCCGGCGGCGCCUCACGCUCCUCUUGCGCCGCCGGACCUGGCGCAGCUUCACCUCGCAGACGGACGGGGAGGCCCGAGUGACCCGUGUCCUGCGCGAGAAAUUCCCCCGCGCUUCUGCCAUCAAAGUCGUGGAUAUCUCAGGAGGCUGCGGCGCCAUGUACGAAAUUCACAUCGAGUCGGAGGAUUUCAGAGAGAAGCGAACGGUGCAGCAGCACCAGAUGGUCAACCAGGCACUGAGCGAGGAGAUCAAGAGCAUGCACGGACUGCGCAUCUUCACCUCCACCCCAAAACCUUGACGCUUGUGUCCCCCACCAGUCAAUAAAGCUGCUCUCACCCCAA